AUUAUUAAAUGUCAGAAAUUGCAUUUAUCGUGUUUAGCUGAAGUUUUUUGUGGGCUCGAAAGAUUCUUGAUUAUUUCAAUAAAAGUGAUUACUGGUAAUAGUCAAAGACACAAAACUUUAAAAAACAACAGCCAUGGCAAAUGUGGAGUCAAUGAUUGUUGAAGAAAAGUCGCACAUAAAGCCCAUAGAUCGUGAGAAGACAUGUCCACUACUGCUGCGUGUUUUCUGCUCCACCGGCCGCCAUCAUUCCGUAUCUGAGUACAUGUACGGCAAUGUGCCGAGCAACGAAUUACAAAUUUAUACCUGGCAAGAUGCUACUCUUCACGAGCUAACCUCCCUAGUGCGCGAUGUUAAUCCUGAUACCCGCAAAAAGGGUACUUACUUUGAUUUUGCCAUAGUUUAUCCAAACUUCCGUAAUAAUCACUACCAAAUGCGUGAAAUUGGUGUAACCUGCACAGGUCAAAAAGGCGCUGAUGAUACCAAGACAUUGGCGCAAGCUAAAUUCUGCAUUGGCGACUUUUUAGACAUAUCCAUCACCCCGCCCAAUCGUUUACCUCCUAUACGCCGUAACCGACCGUAUUAGCUUGCACUAUAAGAGCGCUGUUUACGUCGCUUAAAUGCUGGGAACAAAGGCCGAUUUUACAUUUAAGGUACCUUACUUAGCGGUUUUUUAAUUUUCAAUAAAUCGUUCUUUUAAUAUUUUAUAUGAAAUUAGAUUGUACACGCUCUUGAUGUACAUACAUUCAUGUAUCAUUUUAGCAUUUGUACUUAGACAAAGGCUAUGCAGAGAAAAUACAAUAAAAUACAAAUUACAACAAA